AUGGGUCCGCAAUUCUCGGUCACGGAUCGAAGGCCAUGGAUGGGUUACGUAAUGUUGAUGGGAAGUAAAGUGACUGACAAGUUGACUAACAAGUUCGUCGCAAAUCUGAAGAGGAAAUCAUCUGAAAUACAUCACGGUGAUUUCACAGCAAGACAUUCUGAUCGACUACUGAUCUUGCUGAGAUGGAUGACACGAAAUGGAACAUGUUGCUCUGUUAUUCAACAUGAAGAUCUUGUUUUGUUGUUAUGUUGUAUCACUAAACGUCAGCAGCUACGUGUUAAAUACGCUUAUGACGUACGAACUAAAAAAUUCGAUUAA